AGAAUGAUUGGUUAACUAGUCUGACAAAGAUUAGUGAGUAUAGGUUUUCAAUUUUCACCCUUUUUUUCAUACGGAUUACUUUGUUAGAUUGCACAGAUAUUCUGGGCGAAGAAAAACAUUGUUCUUUUCUCAUCAAAUUCUUUACAAUUCUUCGUCCCAAUUUAUUUCUCUACUUAUUCGCAUUAUCCAUUCCCUUGGUUUUUUACUUUUUUAUUUCAUCUAAGCUGUCUUAAACAAUUUUUUUUUUUUGAAGAAUUCUUCAAUUUUCUCAAAUUUCCAAUCGUGGUGCUCUAUUACUUUGUGGGUACUCUUCUGAUUGAGGUGAUAAUUUGUACUAUUCAAGAUGUCCACGAGCUCCAGGAGUGAUACUACUGAUGACUCCAUUUUUGAUCUAGAGGAACUAUUACACAUUGAAGCAAGAUGUAGAGAGUUAAGAAAAGAGAAGGAUUUGCUAAAAGAAACACAAUUCCAAAGUUUUGACUUGAUCAAAAGACUGGAGCUGCACGUAAGGAAAUUGAAUGAUGCCCGCUUGGAAGAUAAGAGGAAAAUUCAAGAUUUAGAAAAAGAGUUGAAUAACUGCCAUCAGGAGAUAGACUAUUUGCAGGACCAGUUAAAUGAAAGGAAUGCAGACGUGAAUUAUCUGGAAGAUCAUGUUGGGAGCUUUGAGAUUAAAAUGGCGGAGUUUGACCUUCUGCAGGAGGAAGUUAUCAGUCUAAGAGAAGAAAUGGAGAAAUCAAACUCGGAAUGUGAGUUUUUGAUUCAGGAACUAGACAAGAAAGAAACACAACUACAACAAUCAAGAUUUCAUAUAGAAAAACUAGAAGAGUCUAUUGCCUCUACUGCAUUGGAAUACCAGUGUGAAAUUGAGAGCUUGAGGCUCGAAAUGAUGUCCUUGGAGCAUAACUGCUUCGAUUCUGAGAAUUCCGAGGAGUACUGUCAAGAAACUUCCGGAUUAACCGAGUCAACUGGUGAAUUCCAGACCCAGUUUCAGGAUGCACAAACAAAUAUUGAAAAUUUGGAAAAAGAAAACAAGCGAAUGAAGCUGAUGCUUAAUGCACACGAAAAGGAAUCCAGAUUAUUUUUCCGGAUAGAAGAGGUUGAAGUUGGUGGUAGUGCAGAAAAAAUGUCCCAUGAACUCUAUGAAUAUAAAACCCUAGCUAAGCAGCUAAAGGAAGAACUGAGGGCCGAGAAAUUAAGAGCAAAAGAAGAAACCGAGGACCUUGCUCAAGAAAUGGCUGAAUUGAGAUACCAAAUGACUGAGUUGCUGGAAGAAGAGCGCAAACGUCGUUCUUGCAUUGAGAAAGCAUCUUUACAGAGAAUAACCGAGUUAGAAACACAGCUUCGGAUGGAGGAAAGGAAAUCUGUCAUCGGCCCUGUUCAAAGAAUUCGCGAAGCUUAAUAGUUUUUAUGAGUUCAAUGUUGUGUUGUUUUGUAAGAUCACCAACCAGUCUUGUGUGACUUAAUUAUUUGUACAGAUGUAUAGAAUGUGAACUCUCAUCUGGUAGAGGUUAACCAAAUAUUUGCCCACCAAUGGUGCAAUACAUUGUGUAUGUUUGGCUCCCCCCCACACAAUAAAAAGCUCCUUUGAGAUGACAGUUUGAUUA